UGUCAUAUUUUUUUUUUUAAUUUACUGACUGUCAAAGUUAGUCAAAAAGUGUUUUUAUUCGGUUGAUUUUAACUGUUUACGAUUUAAAAUAGUAAAUCCUGGCAAGCUUUUCAAAUAUAAUGUUAGAACGGGAGGUGGAGUUUAAAAAAAAUAAAUCCUAUGCUUUUAAAAAAGUCUCUUCCUGGGCUUGAGUCAGUUUCACUUUCCCUUGCUCGUCAAACAGCUGGGAACGGUCUAUUCUGGAGGGAGGGGGCAGUAAUAAUGCUGAAGCCGGCCUAUUAGGAGGUGUUGUUGAACCGACAGCUAAGAUUAUUUGGCGAUUUUUGGCUCCUGGAGGAGGUCGCGCGUGAGUCGGGUGCAGCUGCGUGGACACAGCUUUCUACCUGUCGUUUCAGGUGUAAUUAUGGCGUCUACGGAUACACCCAGAGGCAACUUGAAGGAGGCAGAGGAGCUCGCCUCCUCCCUGAGCGAAGCCCUCAGCUGCGGGGACUCCGAGGAGGCGGCCCAGCUGAGCCGGAAGCUGGCCCAGCUGUCUGUCCCGGUGUCGGUCAGCAUCAGUAGCCAGGCUUACCCACAGGACUGCAUCAGGAUGAAGGUGGGAGUGGAGGAUGCUCAGUCAGACAGCUCCAUCCCAGUGACUCUGGAGGUUUCCUCUGCCAUGACAAUAGCUCAGCUGAAGGAUAAGAUCAAUCAGGAUUUUGGCUUCCACCCUUUACUCCAGCGUUGGGUGAUUGGCAAGCGACUAGCUAAAGACCAGGACACGCUGUUCAGCCACGGCAUCCGCAGCAACGGGGAUCAAGCUUUCCUCUUCAUCCGCUCUGCCAGUUCGACUCAUUUCACUCGGCACCAGCACAACCUGUACCAAGAGCAGCAGCUGCUAGAGAGCAUUGUUGGAUCAAUCCCAUCCGUGGAGCUUCAUUCCAGAGGGUGUGAUGGAAAUGCCGCAGUGAAGAAAGCUCCUCCCCCAGCCGCUCCCCCCACUCCUCCUAAAACCUACAAGUUUACUAAACCAGUAGUUCCUCCCAAACCUCAGCUGGGCUGGGCUUGUAAGACAUGCACUUACGUGAACAAGCCGACUCGCCCCGGCUGUGAGAUGUGUGGAGACGAGAGGCCGCAGGACUACCAGGUGCCGGACCUCUACCUGCCAGACCAGGAAGAGAUUGAACGACUACAUAUGGAAGAGCUGUCGAUGUUGCAGUACGAAGAGGCUCAAGAAGAAGAGCGAGCGCAGAAUUAUUUGAACUUGUUGGCCACGGAUGAGCAGAACCUCAUCAUCAACGUUACAGAGGCAGACUGUCCCAUUUGCUUCAGUCCUCUGCAACCAGGAGAGGGCGUCGUGCUCAGAGAGUGUCUGCACACGUUCUGCAGGGAGUGUUUAAUUGGCACAAUAACAAACAGCAACGAUGCAGAAGUGUCAUGUCCAGACAAUUGUGAGAGCAAACUUCUGGACCGAGAGAUCAAAGAGCUGCUCACCGACGAGGAGCACCAGCGCUUCUUGGAGCUGCGUCUAAGCAUCGCAGAGAGUCGCUCGGAGCACAGCUUUCACUGCCAGACCCCCAACUGCAGAGGAUGGUGCAUCUACGAGGAUGAAGUCAACGAGUUUCACUGCGACCUUUGCUCCGAAAUCAACUGCCUUCUCUGCCGGGCCAUCCACAAGGGCAUGAACUGUAAGGACUACCAAGAUGACCUGCGCGUGCGAGCACAGAACGACGAAGCGGCUCAGCAAACCAAGCAGAUGCUGGAGAGCAUGCUUCAGAAUGGAGAGGCCAUGAAUUGUCCACGGUGUGCAAUCAUCGUGCAGAAAAAGGACGGCUGUGAUUGGAUCUGCUGUUUGAUGUGCAAGACGGAAAUCUGUUGGGUCACCAAACAAGCUCGAUGGGGACCAAACGGACAUGGUGACAUAUCCGGUGGCUGCAGAUGUCGAGUCAACAAUCAGGCAUGCCAUCCAAACUGCCAAAACUGCCACUGAGGUGAGCGUGUGGUGAACCUGUGGGCUUCAUGAAGAGAGACCAUGACACCAAAAGUGCUUUUUAUUUAUAAUUGUAAACACGAGAGAACAACAGAAAAUGCAACUUAGGAGACUUUUACUACAACAUGACGACUUUUAAGACCCGCAGAUCCGCUGCUGCUGCUUUCAGUUUGAUGAGACGUCACUGAGCUGAGAUGUACUUCGGUCGUGGAAAUGAAAUCUUUAACUCUCGUUUUCCACAGGAAUUUACACCAAGUUCGUCAUAAAUUUUUAAGGUCUUGAUUGUAUCAUGUGUGGUGGCAAUUUAUAAAAAUAACUAAAAGCAGUUCCAGGUUUUGCCAAUACAAUAUUUUUCUUAAUAAAACACAUAAGAGCAGUUUUCCAAAGCGAGAUCAACUUUUAUUGAAGAUUUAAAGAAUGUAAACUUUCCCUCUUCAUAAAGAUCUCUAUUUUUAUAGGAUUUUUCAGUCUGCGAAACAGACUAUGGAGAAGAAUACUUGUGUUUACGAUGGAUAUAUGCACUUAACGAAGUAAAGUAGCCUGCUUUAAAUGCACUAAAUACCUUUGAAGUAUCAGGUGGUAAACAUCUUACAAAAAAACUCAAGUAUUUCUUAAUUUGAUGCUUGAAUUGUAUUUUCAGUCUAAUAAAAAUCCAGGAUAAAAAUGUAUCCAAUCAGUUUGUAGGAAUCAACUUGUAUGUGAUUUUUUUGUUUGUUUAAAAAAAAAUUGAAUCAUUGUUUUGAAGCAUUAUUUUUUGGUGGGAAAUAAAAAUUGUUAGUAUUUUUGUGCAAUGUUAGACUCUUGUACAACACACUUAAACACUCAUUCCAAUGAAAAUGAUGUUUUUAACGUGUUCUUGUGGCGUUUUUCUCAUGUUGGAGGACAUAUAUUAAGAAAAUUAAGCUUAAAACUGCAUUUUUGUGUAUUUUUUUUAUUGUUGUGAAUCUGGAGCAGAUGAAAAAAUGUUGGAAAAAGGGCUUAUUUGUGAUAAAACACACGGGAAGGGGGGGCGGAGUUACUCUUGUACAACACAUGUAAAGACUCAUUCCAACAAAAAUUAUGUUUUUGGUAUUUUUGACAUGUUCUUGUGGCGUUUUUUUUAUUUUUUUUAAAUGAUGUAGGACAUAUGUUCUUAAAUUUUUGAGGAAAAUUAAGUUUAAAAUUGCAUUUCUGAGCAUUUUUGAUUUAUUGAAACUGUUGUUAAUCAGGAGCAAAUGAAAAAAAUGUUUGGAAAAAGGGCUUAUUCACUUCCUAUUGAACUCCUGCCACUUUGCAGACACUAUGUCCUAGAAAACAGUGCAGGUUUUUUAUUUCUUUUGGCUAACAUUCCGAAUUAAGAAAACACUGAACACUUUUAGAUGAUCAGAAUUGUUCUGUCUAAUGUCUUCACUGUUAAAUCUGUGUGUUGACUCAUAAAAACAAGCUUUAAAUGUCCUGUAAAUAUCUCCACUGUGUCCAUGGAAUUAAAGCAAUUUAAUAAAAAAAA